AUGGAAGACUGGCUGAAAGAACUGGACAGAACAAUGCGUGCCCAGAAUCGCAAGAUUUUACUACUGUUGGACAAUGCUCCAGUCCAUCCUAAGGUCACAUUGGAGAAUGUGAAGCUGCAAUUCUUCCCAGCCAACACCACCUCAGCAUUACAGCCGAUGGAUGCUGGUAUCACCCACACCGUCAAGCUUAAGUACCGACAGAGACAACUCCAACAUGUUCUUCUGGAAAUGGAAAAGCAACCAACCAAACUCGGGCCCAAAAUUCUUAGAGAUAUCACGAUACUACAGGCCAUCUAUUGGAUAAACGCUGUGUGGCAGGAGGUAAGGGCAGACACCAUACAGAAGUGCUUCGCCAAUUGUGGAUUUACUGAGGCAAGUGUUAGUGAUGUUAGUGUUGUUAAUGACAGUGAGUGUGACACAGUGUUUGAUAUUGAAGACGAUUAUCCGCUUGCAGUACUGAAACUCUCAUCAGAACUCUUUGGAUGUGAAUUUAAGGAGCUUCUUGACAUAGACAAUCAAUUCUCAACAUGUGAUAAUAACUUACAAGAUUGGGAUAGGCCUACUGAGAUUCUCAGGGAUUUAAGUGAUUGUAGAGCUGAUGAAUGUGAAAGUGACAAUGAACAAGAGGAUGUUCCAGCUGAGUCGAGUGUCAGCUCAACUGACGUUGCUCAAUAUCUUGAAAAGAUCAGACAAUAUGCAUUGUGUAAAAAUCAGCCAGCUAUGUUAGAUAAGGUUAUGGACUUAGAUGAUUUAUUUACGCGGCUGAAAGUAGAGAUGACAGACAAACAAACAAAGAUAAGUGACUUCUUUAAAGAAGUAAAAUGUGAGCUAAGCAUAAAGACAGAUAUCAGUUGUGUUCAUUGUUCGGUGUUAAAAGGCAAAAUAGUUUGA